UGCUUUUCUCCUCAGAUUUGUUUCUGGAGCCGGAAGAGAACAGCCAAAGGUCUAACUUUGGCUUUGUGAUAGCAAUGGCCGCUUACACUGCUUACAGCGGUUACAGCAAGCCGCCUCAAUCUUACGCAGGCUCUUACUACGAUGAGAAGCAGGCCAGGACAUAUGCAGACUAUCAAGACUCUGUUGAAGAGGAAAAAAGGAGAAUUGAGAAGAAAGACCGCAAGGAUGCCAUCUGUUGUGAGGUAGUGGCCCUCAUCAUUGGCUUCAUUGGACUAAUUGGAGUUGCAGCCGUGACGGGCCUGCCGAUGUGGAAGGUAACAGCGUUUAUCGAGGAGAACAUCAUUGUCAUGGAGACCCGCUGGGAGGGUCUAUGGAUGAACUGCUACAGACAAGCCAACAUUAGGAUGCAGUGCAAGGUGUACGAUUCCCUACUGUUUCUGCCCCCAGACCUCCAGGCUGCUAGGGGUCUGAUGUGCAGCUCCGUAGCCCUGUCCUGCAUCGCCCUCAUCGUUUCAGCAGUGGGGAUGAAGUGUACCAAAGUGGUGGACCAUCGGGCUCGCACCAAGCAUAUUGUUCUUGUUGCUGGGGGCUGUCUGUUCCUUCUGGCCUGCCUCACUACCAUAAUCCCUGUGUCCUGGACUGGCCAUGUCAUCAUCAGGGAUUUCUACAACCCUCUGCUGAUCGAUGCCCAGCGCAGAGAGCUUGGUGAGGCUCUUUACAUCGGCUGGGUGACUUCAGCUUUGCUUUUCACUGCGGGAGUGAUCCUGCUGUGCCGUCACGCUCCCCGCACCCAGGAAUCAGAUGAGAGGAUUGUAUACAACAACGGAAAUAUCUACCAACCUGGAUACGCUUAUCAGCCUGCAUACACAUACCAGCCAGCUUACACUUACCAGCCUCCCUACUCACUACCCCCACCUGGGUCUGUGGCAUACACACCAAGUCAGUACUAAUAAGGAAAAUCAAGACCUUUUUGGACUAUUUUUUUUAACUUGCCAAGACUUGGCACAUUUGAAUGAGUUUGAACGGACUAAUAUGACAAAAGGCCGUCACUGGAAAUGGCCCAAUCUUUUAUUACUUCCUCAAAGAGAGCCAAGUUUAUUACAGAGGUGGAAAUUCAUUAUGGAACAGAUUGUGUUUUGAUCAUGAUGAAUUGUGCUGAAUUACUUUAUGUAUUGUUUGUUGCCAUAUGUGUAGUUAACACUAAAUUAUAUCAAUCAUUCAGAAGUAUUUCAAUCUGUAACAGCAUUAUACAAAAUUUACUGAUUUCACUGUCUUAACUGCCUCUGUCGACAUGCUCUUUGAGAACAAAUUAUGCACUAGGCCUUUUUCAGAUAAUAUACAUCCAUAUGAUUUGUGUUAACUGCCGAGUUGUUGUGUGAAUGUACUUUUUUUAAAUGAUGACAUGCAUAAAAUGGCUAUUGUGAUUUUCAAUAAAGGGAUAAUGUAAAGAAACAUAA